AUGCGAUUAGCACUAUGCAGUCUCCUAUUGCCGUUUAUCUUGGCAUCAGAUGCUCCACCGAUAUCAAAGGGUCUCCAACCACCGCUUAUAUUGGCAUCAGAUGCUCCACCGAUAUCAAAGGGUCUCCAACUAGACGACGAUGAUUUACUCACAAAAGGAAGGUUCCCAUCCAGAACAAUAAAAGCACGUGCCCAUGGCGUUCUUCAAGAUGAAGUUAGCGGACCCCCGGGAUUUACUGGAAAAACACAAAAUGAUGAUUACAAUGAUUUUUCAGAUGAGCCGGUGAAGAAUGGAGGAGCAAACCACCACCUCAAAAGAGUUUCGUACCAGCCUAUCCCGAAAAAAUAUGAAAUUCCUUCACUAGAGCCAGAAGAUGUGGAUGAGCCUCCA